AGAGAGGUUCCCAGUUGCAGCCGCAGGGCAUCGAUCUAUUCCGGCUCGGCUUUUCGACUUCUCGGCGCUCGAUUGAGGCUCGUUGUAGCGUUACUUCCGCUUUCUGGCUGCGUUUCCGCCUUUCGGUUCUUACGGUUCACGCCGCCGGCCUCAGGCUAUUUGAACAGUUUAGCCCAAAACAUGGAUAUCAGACCAAAUCAUACAAUUUAUAUCAACAAUAUGAAUGACAAAAUUAAAAAAGAAGAAUUGAAGAGAUCCCUCUAUGCGCUAUUUUCUCAGUUUGGCCAUGUGGUAGAUAUUGUAGCUUUAAAGACCAUGAAGAUGAGAGGACAAGCCUUUGUUAUAUUUAAAGAACUGGGCUCAUCCACGAAUGCUUUGAGACAGUUGCAAGGAUUUCCAUUUUAUGGUAAACCAAUGCGAAUCCAGUAUGCAAAAACAGAUUCUGAUAUAAUAUCUAAAAUGCGUGGUACUUUUGCUGACAAAGAAAAGAAAAAGGAAAAGAAAAAAGCUAAAACUGUGGAACAAACAGCAAUGACUGCAAAUAAAAAGCCUGGUCAGGGAACACCAAAUUCAGCUAAUACCCAAGGAAAUGUAACACCAAAUCCUCAGGUCCCUGAUUACCCUCCAAACUAUAUUUUAUUCCUUAAUAAUUUACCAGAAGAGACUAAUGAGAUGAUGUUAUCUAUGCUGUUUAAUCAGUUCCCUGGUUUCAAGGAAGUACGUUUGGUACCUGGGAGGCAUGACAUUGCAUUUGUUGAAUUUGAAAAUGAUGGACAGGCUGGAGCUGCCAGGGAUGCUUUACAAGGAUUUAAGAUCACACUGUACCAUGCCAUGAAGAUCACCUAUGCCAAGAAAAAACAUUUGGGAUAGUUGUCUUUAAAGGACUUGGUGUUAUUUAAAGUGUUUGUUUCGAUAACAUUUUGUCAGGCCAUUUUAAUAGUUGGGAGUGGGAGGAAGUGAAAGUGAAAUUUUUAUGCAGGUUUUAAAAAAUUACCUAGUCUUCCUUUAGCCUUAGCAAACUAUGAAAUAUGAAGGCCUUAAUUUUGUACAGUAAACUUUUAUUUGUAUUCUAUACAUAAUAUUUCAUUUAUUGGCCCAAUGUCCAAUCAUCUUAAGGUGUAUAAAACUAUACAUCUUAAGGUGUAUAAAACUAUACUAGAAAAUGCUUUUCUAGUAUUUUGGAGCAGCUAAUGGUAGAGAAACAUGAAAACGUUUUAAUAAAAACAAAGAAUUAGAUCAAGUUCUUGAUUAGAUUUUCUGUCGUUAUUUUUAUGCAUAUGAACUGCCAUCUGCAGUUUUUUUUUGUUUUUUUUUUUUUUUUAAUAAGUCUCAUACUAGUGGUAAAAAUGAUCAUCCUAAGUGUAGGAAGAAAAUUGAGACCUGGGCGAUAUCUAAAUUUAAUCUUCAUAUUCAAAUAAAUGAGCAUAGUAUUUUGCUGGUAGUAGACAUUUCUCAUAUUUUUUUCAUUUAGUGUUUAAUUGAGUAAACAUUUAGGAGUAACUGUACUUACUGGGAAAACAGGGAAUGCUGUCUUCAAACUUCACAUUUUAUGUUCUUACCUUCUUGGGGCAGAAUUGUUCCUAAGGAAUACCUGCAUGGUUAUCUAACCUCUUUACUGAAAGACCUCCAAGGGAAAAGUUUUACAAUCUACAAUAUUUAAGACAAGUCAGCUGAAUUACAGAGGGUUGCCAAUCCUGAUAUUGCUACCUUUUUGCAAUUCUUAAACACCAGUGUUCAGAUAUUUUCAAAGCUCAUUUUCUUUACCAUUUGAUUUAUACCUAAGGCUAUUGAUUCAGUCCCCUGCUAAUAAAACUAUGGAUAUCUUUAAAAGUGGACAGUUUUUUUGCAUGGAUAGUAUGUACUAAAGUGACAUAUUGAUCAUUUUCAUACUCCUGUUUUAACAUUUCCUUGUACAAAACUUGUGCUUAUCACUUAGAAUUUUUAUUGUAUAUUUAUGGACAGACUACUUUUAGACUUAACAUAGAUUAUUAUUAUAUCACUCUUGUGCAUACGUGUGGAGGAAAAAGCAAAAUUUUAUUCUUAAAACUGCCACAUUCAGAGUCUGACUCUUAUGAAUAACAUUUUUAACCUAGUUGUCAAGUUCAUGUACUUUUGUAAAAUUUAACAGUGAAUUACUAGAAAAAAGGCCAUGUCCUUGGAUGGUACAGCAAUGUCAGUUGCUAUUAAAUUUUCUAACUGCU